ACUUUAGUUUUCUCAGUUCAACUGAAAACUUUAACCUUCGGAAUUUUAUAUUUUUCUUUCUGUUCGUUUCAUUUGUCACUUCUCAUUCGGACCCGUACUAAUUCACAUCGAUUUAAAAUACAUAAAGAAAAUAAAAGAAUAAUAAUGCUUUCCCUGGAGCCGCGGGACCAGCUCGUCUUUGAAGGUCCCUUCGGCAGUUCUGUGAGCAAGAAUCUCGUGAUCAAAAAUCCCGGAAAGAAGCAGAGUGUGGCCUUUAAGCUAAAGACCACUUCGCCGCAUUUGUUCUUUGUACGUCCCAAUGUCGGGGUUCUGGAGCCCGACCAGACAGUCUCUGUGAACAUCACCAUGCAGCCCACCGCGUCAAAUGAUGGCCAGAAGCGACACAAGUUUCUCAUUAUGGCGGCCAAAGCCUCCGGCCCUGAUAUCAAUCUGCAGGACUUUUGGAAAGAGCAAAAACCAAGCGACAUCUGGGACGCUAAGAUCAAGUGUGAAAUUGUCCCGGAGAGGAAAUCAAACAAGGCAUCGAACGAGCAUUUAGAUCGGGCUUUAGGUGGUGCUACUGACUCCCCAAGCAAGCAAGAUGGUCAGACUGUGGUGGCAGACAAGCUUGAGGAAGCCCUUAAGGGGGAGGUUGAAAUCCUGCAGGACCAGGGAAUUCGUCCCAAACAACGGGGCAGGAACAUGUUCAAAUUUGCCUGUUGUGUUUUAACUAUCAUAGCCGCCCUUGUUGGCGCAUAUUAUGGCAAACAUUAUUUGUGAGCUUGUCCAAUAAUUGGACACAAAUUCAUUGUCAAUUAAAGCGAAUAGCGAUCCAGGCUUGAUUUCCAUUCUCACAAGUACAUAAAGCUUUGCGUGCUUAAUUAAAAGGAA